UUCUCAUGAUAACCAUCAUCAUCAUCAUCAUUAUCAUCAUGUUGAUCAAAGAUGGCGCUUCUCUUGAAACCAUUCUCAUGCUCCUCCUUCCAUCGCUUUGCUUCUCCUCUUUUGCCUCUUCUCAUCUUCAUUCACUAUUACACGCUCAACCAUCACUUGUUUAUUGUUUUUUGUUGUUGAUCGUUUCUUCUGCGUUCCCUUUGUGAUGUGAUAUUUGGCGACCCUUUGUUUCUUGUGUGUUAUUUUCCUGGGAUCCAAAAGUGAAAUAUUGUUUUCUGAUCCGUGAUUCAACGCCUGGACAUGUCAUCUAAACGUAAAAGUUUACCAACCAAAAUAUCUUACCGAAUUAGUUCAAAUCCGGAAGCUUGUGAUGAGGCUGAAAGUAAAUUCAUGGAAAUAUUCAAAUGUUACCUAGAAAUGAAGGAACUAAAUUAUCAAAGGACCUUAAUGACCACCAGAUCGGAUCCCGAUGAUAAGGAGAUUAGGAAACAAGAUCAACUUUUAUUAGAGAAACGGCAACAACUUCAAGAGCUCGAGCCCUUUAUGUGUCUUCCAUUUUUCGAUGGAAGAGGAUUUCCAUUUGCAAAUAGUUCACCUUCAGGCCCGGCGCAUACAAUGUUACAAUCAUCAUCAUCGUCAUCAACUUCACCUUCAUCCUUGUCAACAACCGCUACACCAAGCACACUUGCCGGUUCAUCUUCAUCUCCAUUACAUCACAACCAUUCUCACCAUCACCACCAACACCAACCACAGCAGCAGCAGCAACAACAGCAAAACCAACAGCAACACCAAUCACAAAAUGAAACAAAUUCAACUCUAAUCACACCAACAACAACAACAACAACCACAACAGGCUCAUGUUCAUCACCAAGCAUCCACGGAAUAUCAUUAAACUCUCGCUCCUCCCCCUGUUCACCCUCACCAGUCACAUCAAUCCUAUCCUCUUUAUCCUCAUCAAAUUGCAACAAUAGCAUCUCAUCUCACCCAACCCACCAUCAUCAACCCACUCACCUCACUGAUUCACCAAGUCCAACAAACUUUCCCAGAGGACCUUUACCCUUAACAGGUAAUGGUUUAAAAAUAAUGAAUCCCAAUAGUCCAACGUCUAAUGCCAACCACACCAACAACAACACCAACAACAGUUCACGAUCAAGUCCAAUGAACAUAAAAACUGAAACCUCUAACGGUGCCAAUGGAAGUAUCAAUAACAGUGUAAUUAACAGUUCAACCAGUGGAGUUGGUAGCAUCUCGGGUAUCAAUAUAACUUCACACAACAACAGCCUUGGUGCAUCAUCUUCCUUUUCAUCUUCAUCCUCAUCUUCUUCCUCUUCAUCCUCCUCAUCAUCAUCCUCAUCCACCGGAAGUAUACUCCCAAUCAAUGGUGAUCAACCUUUGAACAUGAAGCGAAACUCUUAUUCAGAAAAUAAUCGACCAAAUAGUUUAACCAUUAAUUGUGAUCAACGUUUCUCAUCACCAAAGUUGGACGAAGUAAGCAAUAAUUUUAUCCUGAAAAGUGAUGAUGAUGAUGAGGAUGAUGGACCCUUGAAUCUGAGUAAACCCAGAUCGGAUGAGAAACCCAGUUUCAGGAAAUCUUAUCUUGGUUCAACUUCACGUUCACCUCCAGUCAAUUUAGUAUCGAAUGCUUCACAUUCACUGUUGAACUCAGCAUCAAGUCCACCUUAUGGAUCAUCACCAAUGUCAGUACAAGCAGCAGCAGCCGCAGCAGUGGCCAUGAACAACUCUUUAUCUGUACAUAAUUUUAAUCACACCCUUCAAGAGGAUGCUUCCGUGCCAAAAUCAUUACCGGUACCAAGUUCAUUGUUGUCAGGUAAAUCACCGUUGGCUGGUUUACCCAAUGGCUUGAAUCCUUGGUCAGUUGGACCUUUAAUGCCAAAUUUUGGUCUUUAUGGGUCACUUCCAUUUCCUCCAUAUCGAAGUCAUGGUUCAUCUUCAGGAACUGCAUCUGGAGGUAAUGGUUCAUCUGGGACAGGAAAUGGUUCCAAUUCAACCGAUAACAAUAGAUCUGAAUCAAAUUCAGGUUCCAACAUUGGAGGAAUGAAUUCUCAAGAUCAUUCUCCCAUGUCUACCUGUGACAAACCAUUCCCAUUUGGAAUGUUUCCAGGAGCACUUGAUCAUGCAACUGCAGCAGCAGCAGCCGCAGCAGCGGCAGCGGCGGCAGCUGCAGCUUCAGGAUCCACUGGAAGUAACAAUUGCAAUGCCAAUAGCGGUGCCAAUAACAAUGCAGGCAAUGGAUCUUCAAAUGGACCUGCAAGUGGCGGAGGAUCAACCGGGAAUCAGGAUAAACUUUUAGGUGCCAAGAUAAUACGACAAACCAAAAAAGAAUCCGAAGGAAGGCCGCACAUUAAAAGGCCGAUGAAUGCCUUCAUGGUUUGGGCGAAAGACGAGAGGCGAAAAAUUUUGAAAGCUUGUCCGGAUAUGCACAAUUCCAAUAUUUCAAAAAUUCUUGGUGCUCGAUGGAAAGCAAUGCCAAAUGCUGAGAAGCAACGUUAUUACGAGGAACAAUCGCGCUUAAGUAAACAGCACAUGGAAAAGUAUCCAGACUACAGAUAUAGACCUCGUCCUAAACGAACCUGUAUAGUUGAUGGUAAAAAACUAAAGAUAAGUGAAUAUAAGCAAUUAAUGAGGCAAAAACGGGAGGAAAUGCGCAAUUUAUGCGGAGGCAAUAGCGUAUCAACAUCAUUUCCAUCUGGUUCAUCUCGAUCUCCAUCAGGCUUUAUUCAACCUGGUUUCUCUCAUACCGACAUUAGCUCAGGUGAUGAUGAUGAUGACGACGACAUUACUGGCGAUGAUUAUUCCCAUGCCAUGGAAACGUCGCCAAAAGCAAGUUCAGGAGAGGAAAUGUCACCCUGUCGAGACGGUUGAACCUUCGACUGCAAAAAAUUUGGGGAAAACAAAAGUUCGAUAAAAAAACUCUGUUGUUCUUGCGAUUGUUGUUUCAUGUUUCAAUCUAAUCAAGACAAUCUCACACUUUACAGUUGAAUAAACAUUAUUAUUAAAAAAUAGAUAAUUAUUAUUAAGAAAAAAUUGUAAUUAUAAAUUUAUUAUAAAAAAAUCGUCUCUUUUGCCGUGCGUUUGUCUUUGUGUUACAAUACUAAAAGCGCAAAAUUGAAACAACAAUCCAAACAACUUGAAAAGCCAAAACUAAACGUUUCCAAUCAUUUUUCAUUGAAAGAUUCCUCAACUUCAUAUUCAUCUUCACCUUUACCCAAUGAGCAACUAAAUCAAUUGGCAUAUUAACCUCGCAACUCUGCACACACUUUUGUAACAUUGCUUUAGAUUUUAAAAUUGACUUCAAUUGUCACCAAAAGUAUCUGAGUGAAUAUUUGUUGGCGAAAAAAAAAGUUCGUCUUUUAAUGUUCGUCUUUUCUCAAACCUUUUUUUCGUCUCCUUUGCGCUCUUAUGUUGACGAGACGCUUUUUGACUCAAACUCAAGUCCUUAAAUGUUUUAUUGCCGUUAUGUGGUUCAUCAUCCCUGGAACCAUCUUUUAAUCAUCAUCUUCCUUCUCAAGUCACUCAAGUUUUUUUUGAACAACAAGAACAAGAAAAUAAGCUGAAAACCUCAUUAUGUUCUCAUCAUCACCAUUAACCAUAGAGAAUCACCAUGAAAGAAUAAUGAACACAAAGGCACAUUAAAACACACAACACACACAGACAACCUCAACUUUCAUCUUAUGUAAAUAUUUUUCAUCAUCUUUCAUAAACAAAAAGCAUGACACAUUAAAUAAUGUUUCUUUCAACA